UGGGAUUGGCUGUGAGUCAGUGGCAGGGUAGGGUGGGGCAGCGCAGAUGAAGCAUUUACCUGUCCAGGUAAAUCUGGAGGAGGUCAAAAGAAGAAAACAGUGGAAGGGAGGGGAAGCAGUCUCUGUCUCCGUAUCUGCCCAUUGAAAUAAAAGGACAUUUCUUUCCUCUCUUCAGCCCCUCAUCCAGUGAAGGCCGGCUUGGGACCUUGUCCACUGCCUUCGCUUCCCCCCUGGGAGCCCCUUUCACCGCCCCUGCACUUGCUUCGGGCGAUGCCCCAGAGCCAGCUGUGGCCAGCGGGGCCUGGCUCGGAACCCGGGACCCGCGUCGGCAGCUGCGACAGCAUCAUGAGCGCCACGGCCACCGGCUCAGGAUCAAGCGACAGCAGCUACGACUUCCUGUCCGCUGAAGAGAAAGAGUGUCUGCUCUUCCUGGAGGAGACCAUCGGCUCACUGGACGCUGAGGCUGACAGCGGGCUGUCCACGGACGAGUCUGAGCAAGACGCAGCUCCCCGAGCCCCCCGAGCGCCGCCCGCAGCCCAGCCUGCCCCCCAGGGACACCCAGCGGAGAGGAGCGCGCCCCGCGGCCCAGAGCCCAGGAGAGGGCCCCCGGCCGGGCCGCCCCGCCUGCCUGAGCCCCAGGGCCUGGGCCCCAGGUCUGGCUCCUAUAGCCUCCCCAGAAAUAUCCGCAUCGGCAGUGGCCAGGACCUCGGGAGGAGCAGCCGGCCCACCAGCGGCCCCGGGGAGCCUGAGCACCGGCCGGCGGGCCCAGGCGCUGAGACUCAGGCAGGCGGGGCCUCCCGUGACGGCCACCCGGGGCCACGGGCCCUCAGCCCCCCGGCGACAAAGGCCAUGUGGCAGGAGCCCCAGGAGGGCGGCCCCGCGCCUCCCCCCACCCUGGGGUCCCAGGCUGCGAGAGCCCAUGAUGCUGCCAGCCCCGCGGGCGCGGACCCCGGUGCCCGGCUGGCCCCACUCCUGGCCCCCAAGCCCCGGAAGCUGCCCCCCAAUAUUGUCCUGAAGAGCAGUCGGAGCGGGCUCCAUGGUGAGCCCCAGAACUGGCUGUCCCGCCACCCCGACGGCGGCCCCGGAGACUCCGGCCCCGCCGCCACCUCGCUGCAGGAGCAGAGGAGGGCGCGCCGGGAGGCGCUGGAGAAGCUGGGGUUACCCCAGGACCAGGACCAGCCCGGACCCCACUUCAGUGGCCGCGCCGGCUGCCCCGGCCCCCGGCCCAGGCCCGGCCCCCAGGCCGCUGCACCUGCUGGUGCGGCUCCGGGCCCUGCCCCCACGCGGGCCCCGACCCUGACCUCAGCCCCGACCCUGGCCUGGACUUCGGCCCCUACCUCGGCCCCGACCCCGGGUCCGACCUUGGCCCCGACCCCAGCCCCGACCCCGGCCUCCCCGCCGCUGCCGGCCACCAAAUCCGGGCCCAUCCCCAUCCCUAAGGCCCCGGCGGCCGGCGGCCCCCUGACCCAGCGGAGGCCCGACCCGGCGCUGACGCUCCAGGAGAGCAGCAUCCCCGGCCUGAGACAGAUGAGCUUCAAGUCCAACACCCUGGAGCGCUCGGGCGUGGGCCUGGGCAGCUGCCUCCCGGCGGAGAAGGACCCCAGCCCCCAAACCAGCUCGUCCCUGGGCAGAGACUCCUUCUUGGGCAAGGUGUCUCCCAACGUCCUGCGAAACACACGGCCCCGCCCGGCGUCCUUGGGCACCGGGAAGGACUUCGCAGGGGUCCGGGUGGCCGAGCUGGCCGAGCUGCAGCAGCCCAGCGCCUCCAAGCGCCUGUCCUUCCAAGGGCAGGGCCGCGACAGGCUGCCUCGCCCCCCCUGCGUCAGUGUCAAGAUCUCCCCCAAAGGCGUCCCUGACGAGCACAGAAGGGAAGCCCUGAAGAAGCUGGGCCUGUUGAAGGAGUAGUCGCCGGCCACACGAGGAAGAGGAGGCUCGGGCCUCCCCGGCCUCCAGCUCAGAGCUCGGGCGAGCAGGCUUCUCUCCUGGGGGCUCCCCUCGCUGAGGCGAAGGGGGGAGACGGGACUCCGAGCAUACGCAGACGUUCAUACUCAGCGCGGCCGUGUCGUCGAGUGCCUGCCCGAAUCAUCCCGAAGAUGAUUUCCACGAGACAGCCUGCGUGUGCAUGCGUGUGUAUGCGUGUGCGUGUGCGCGUGUGUGUAUUCCGGGCUGCGUGUAUCACUGAAGCUAUUUAUAGGACACGGCGAGUCGUCGCUCACAGUUGUGCUCGUCUUGGAGACUUGCUCACGCGGGAUGGAGUUCAGCCCAGCCAGAGCUGAGAAGACAUGGGCGGCUAAGCCCGAGGAAUAAAAAGCCCGACGACACGAUGGGUGUGUCAGGGUCAUGUGAAAUGCGGGUCUCCCCGAACGCCCGCACGGCAGGAGGUCGGCUCAUACCUUGGGGGAUCCCUCUCUCCGCUCUGGUCUUCUGGCGGGGGUGCCAGCAGGGGUGGGUCUCUCAUCUGCUGCCCCACUGCCUUCUCCCCACCAGGCCCAAGGGUGGGACACAUCCCUGUGAUGAAAACUGUCAGCUGAUUGGAAGCAGGCAAGGUCCGGUUGGCCUGCGAAGGCAGGAGAGGUGACCACCCAGCACCCGUCCAGUGGGGAGGAUCCUUGUCCGUGGGCCUGACAGAUCUCGAAGAGUGAACUGUGCCGCGGUCCCUGACUCUCCUGCUCCCUAUCUCAGCCUGCACGUGACGUGAGGGAUCCCAGGCCCCCGCACGCUGAGAUGGGAGUCUAAGCCCUGAGGCUCUAUAAAUACUGAAGAACUCGGGGCGCCUCUGCCUAGGCCGCGGGGAAAGGGAACCCGUGGCUUCUGCAUGUAGACGUGCCCAUUUCUAUGGGAAGGCAACACGGUACAUUCUCUGCUAGUUAUUCCCCGAAUAUCAGAGCUGGGUGGGGGGAGUCCUAGAGACGAGACAACCCUGUCCCAUACUGCUAGGGAGGGGAAGGGACUCCCCUGUGGUCACUCUGCCAUUCAGGAGCAGAACAGGGACUCUGGCUUCUCAGGCCACGCCGCACGAUGCCUCCUCCUGCGGUGCCUCUGUGCAUCCACACGCACCCUCAGGCUCAGCAGUCACCGUCAAUGGCUCGACUCUCAGGCCCUUCACGAUCCUCGAGUGUCUCCUGGAACGUCAGAGAUUAAAUGUCGUUCAAGACCA